AUGAUUGCUCAGGCUCGUAUUUUUCCUCGAGGAUCGGGUGAAAUGAUGACUCGUUCACCGGUAAAAGUGACAUUAUCCGAAGGUCCGUAUCACGUCGCCUCCUUCAAAGACAGUCCAAGGGAAUACGACCUAACUAAAGAAUCCGAACUGGCCGCCCUACGCAGGGAUAUUGAGAUGCGGAUGAAAGCCCUGGUCAGCGGUGGCAAGACUAUCAGCUCUGAUGUGAUCUCUUUGAAUGUGAAAGGACCGGGUCUUCAACGAAUGGUGCUCGUCGAUUUACCCGGUAUCAUUUCCACUGUCACAACAGGCAUGCAAGCCGACACACGGGAAACAAUUCAGCGAAUGGCUAAACAUUAUAUGGGAAAUCCAAAUGCCAUUAUUCUUUGUGUUCAAGACGGUAGUAUUGACGCGGAGCGUAGUAAUGUGACAGAUCUGGUCUCUUCUGUGGAUCCAACCGGCAAACGCACUAUAUUUGUUCUAACCAAAGUCGAUCUUGCUGAGGCUAAUUUAUACAAUCCAGACCGGAUCAAGCAGAUUCUUGAAGGCAAAUUGUUUCCCAUGAAAGCCCUGGGUUACUUCGCAGUGGUUACCGGUAGAGGUUCGAAGGACGAGAGUAUCGAGAGUAUAAAAGAAUACGAAGAAGAAUUCUUCCGCAAGUCUCGUCUGUUCCGCGAGGGCACGUUGCGUCUAUCCCAAAUGACAACAGCCAACCUGAGCAAAGCAGUGUCCGAGCGGUUCUGGAAAAUGGUGAAAGAUUCCGUGGAGCAGCAAGCGGACACUUACCGAGCGCUCCGGUACAAUUUGGAGGCAGAAUGGAAGAAUUCGUACUCACACCUACGCGAAAUGGAUCGCGAGGAAUUGUUCGAGAAAGCCCGUAACGAGAUACUUGAUGAUCUUAUCACACUGAAUGGGAUCAAUUCCGUCACAUGGGAGAAGAAUCUGCGUAACGAGCUUUGGAAGGAGUUAGAAGACUCCGUUUUCACCAACAUGUUUGAGCCCGCGCAACAGUUGGAUAAUCUUGGCGCCUAUCAAACCAACAUAGACAUAUGGCUGCGCGACUGGGUCGAGAAAGAUUUACCUACUUCCUCAAUCAAAGCUGGUUGGCAUACGUUAUACGACCAGUUGGAUGAUAAACUGCGUUCUGUUCAACGCGCUCCAGGGCAUGAUGCAUUGUUCGAUGAGCUCAAGGAUAAGGUGCACCAAGAGGCCCGGAGUCGACAUUCGUGGGACCAGAAGGCGGAAAAUCGUUUGCGUGUCAUCCAAUCCAACGCCUUGGACGAUCGAACUGUCCAUACAAAGGCUCAGUGGACUGCUGCAGCUGAUUUCUUGGACCAGGCUUUGAAAAAUCGGUUAAAAUCAGUAAAUCAAAAAAUUUCUGAGCUUUGCGGGCCCGGUUUGGUCCAAAGGUGGUUCUUCUGGCAAAGGCGCACACCGGAACAACAAGCACGACAGGAUAUAGUACAAGAGAUCGAAACACUUCUCGCCGCAUACACAAAACCGAACCCCCACAUCACUCCGGACGAUUUGACCACAAUUCGUCGCAAUUUGCAGGCACGAAACAUGACUGUUAGUGACUCCCUUAUCGCAGAGACUUGGGAACCACUAGUUCGACGAAUGUACCUGGAACGCGCUUUGUACAACUGCUAUGAGUGUCGCAAAAGCUUCUACUACUACCAACAAGGAUUCCUCACCCAAGGCGAAUUGAAUCCGGGCACAAUUGAUAUAUCUGCAUCAGCAUCGGAGUCUGACCGAAAAAAUCAUUCUAGGUUUCCUGCUGAUCCGGAUGUGGCGAGUGAAUUCUCUGAUUGUCGAGAGGUAGUCUUCUUCUAUCGAUUGAUGCGCAUGCUGGAUGCAACCUGCAGUGCCUUGCGACAGCAGAUCAUGAAUGACGAAGCCAGACGCCUGGAACAUCACGUGAAACAAGUACUUUCAGAGAUUGCCAAUGAUCCUAUGGAACUGCGCAAGCUAAUCACCGGUAGACGAGUCGCCCUAGCUGAAGAACUCAAGCGAACGCGUCAUAUCCAAGAAAAAUUGGAAGAAUUCAUCGCUGCUUUGAACAAAGGGGAUUAA